AUGCCAGAAGGCGUGACGCCCAACAUGUAUUCGUCGCGCUUCCAGCACCUCUUUGCGAAUGGCGUGCCGCCGCCCAGCGAUGGGUCGUCGCUCACGCGCAGCAGCUCUAAUGAGGACGAGAUGUUUGGCCAGCAGCCUAUCGACGGCGGCUUUGAACUGCCCGGCGCUGCGCCAGGUGCGCCGGCGAGCAUUGCGACGCCCGCGAUAUCGUUUGGCGGCGACCGCAAUAUGCCCGCAGGUGGCUCCGCUGCGAUGCAGCCGCCGCUCCAGCUCGGCGCGGGCCCGAUCCGCUUUGGUGGCCAGCUGCCCACCGCGCCGGCGAGCAGCGAUACGGACAUCAUCCCCACUGCGAUUGUCAUCAAAAAUAUUCCGUUUAACAUUAAGCGCGAGCAGCUUUUGCAUGUUAUUCGCGACCUGGGGAUUCCCGUGCCUUAUGCCUUUAAUUACCACUUUGACCAGGGCAUUUUCCGUGGGCUCGCCUUUGCCAACUUCCACUCGCCCGCCGAGGCAAACGAGGUGGUGGCGGCGCUGAACGGCCUCGACGUGAGCGGCCGUAAACUGCGCGUGGAAUACAAAAAGGUGCUGCAAGCCGGUGAAAAGGAGCGUAUCGAAAAAGAAAAGGCCAUCAAGCGGAUGCAGAUGCCGCACUCGGGGGACAAGGAGCGCCGGAAGGACAAGUCGCUUACGCCCGAGUUUGCGGGCCUGCCGCCCCUCGGUGGCCUUUCGCCGAGCCCUGCGCGUGUCGCGUCGCCCGGUGCCGCGCUGCUCAACGGCUUCUCGCCGCCGUCGGCCGCGUCUGCGCUGCCGUCGAUGGCGCACAAGGACGGUAAAUCGGUGCACGACCCGUCGCCGUUUGUGCGCCCGACCGACGCGCAGCACGACACACCGCUCGACCUUAACGAUGCCGGCACACUGGAGAUCUACUCGCGUGUGCUCCUGUUCAAAGACGACCGCAUGCGCGACGAACUCGCGUUUAGCCGGUGUCUUACUCCCGCCGAGCGCCGUACGGUGCACCUGGUGGCCCAAAAGCUGGGAUUGUAUCACUACACCGUCGGCACGGCCGACGACUGCCACGUCUUGGUGACCAAGUUUGAACGCCCCCAGCACGCCUCGCCCAAGGCCGAGCACGACGCGCCGUUUGGCGAGCGUCCUCAGCGCCUUGACCUGCGGGGCAAAAAGUCGGUUCCCGACAUGAAGCGCGCGAUGCAGUCGGAGCGCGACGUGCUGCACGAGCUGGAGCGCGCCGCGAGUCCCGCGAAGCGCAACCUCCUUGCCCCGACCGCCGCGAUUGGCGCGCACAAGUCCAACACGAAUUUGCGCGAGAGCUUUGGCUAUACACAGGACCGGCGCUUUGACGCAUUUAACAACUUUGGUGCGAACAGCGCCGCGCCCAACAUCUUUGCCUCGCCUUUCGACAUCCCUGUUGUGCCGCACGUCGCGCGGCCGAACAGUGUGGAUAUUGAGCGCCUGGAACAGUACCAUAAGCAUGCCCACCCGGCCUCUUUCCGCUCGCGCUCGCCGCUGGCACACUCGGGCCUCCCGCCGAGCGCCUCGUCGCCUGUGCCCCCGAUGGCGCAUAGCACCGGCGCGCUGGAGGCCCCGGUGCCCGGCCUGCCCCACCGCCCGCAUCCCACCCGCAACAUGCCGGUUGACUUGAUGCUCGACGGGCACGCGGCCAAAUCGCGCAGCCGCAUGGCACCCCCUUCGCACGCAUCCGCCCCGGAGAAAGGGCGCAGCAAGCACGAGGGCGUGGUGUACGGUGCAAGUGCGCAGCGUGCGGCGGCGCAUGCAGGAUUAAGCGAGGCCGACGUAGCGCAGGCCAUCGAGCAACUACACGUUCACGCACAGCCGUGCGCGAAGCGCUCGCCGCGGCGCCCGCCGCCGAGCGUCGCGGGCAUCCUCUGGCAGCGCCCCCCGCUGCUGAUCCCCACGCAAUCCAAAGUGACGCCGGUUACGCUGAGCCGCCUCGCGUUUGAGGAGGCGAAGCGCGCGGGCCUUGCGGUGCACGGCGCUCCGAGCGUGUUCAAGCAUACAUCGGCGGCCAAGGAAGCGGGCAUGAGCAGCUCUGCGCCGGUCUCGCCGUGGGGGCGCCCGCGGGCGUGGGCGAGCAACGCGUCGCCCGCACAGGGGCGCAGCGCGCUCGUGCAACACAGCCCUGCGAUCUCGAUCCAGAUGCACGCGUCGCCCCCGACGUCGGUCGAAGCGAGCCCGACGCGGGCGCCGCGACAGGCCAAGACCUGGGCGAAGCCCAAGUCCAAGGCGCAGAGCAUGGAGCAGCUCUAUGCGCGUGCGCAUGAGCGCUUUGAUGCGCCACUCACCGUGCCGGUCGGCCUGAUUAACCAAGGCAAUUCGUGCUUUGCGAGUGUCAUCCUCCAAAUGCUCGUGUACUGCCGUCCGCUGUACAACUUUCUUACAGAGCUCCACGCGAUCGUGCCGCAAGACCUGUCGAACUCGACGCCGCUGCUCGAGGCUGUAUUCCGCUUCUACACAGAGAUUCCGCUGGCAGACGACCGCGUGCUCGAGACGGACGUCGACCCUAUCCUCCCCGACUAUGUCUACGACGCAAUGCGGCUGCACAAGCGCUUUGACCUCUUCCAGCUGGGCCACCAGGAGGACGCGGAAGAGUUCUUUAGCCUCGUCCUGAGCACGCUCCACGACGAGGUCCUCCUCGUGGAGCAGCGCGCUGAGGCGCGCCGCAGCGCAGACCGCAGUGCGCACCGCCGCAUGGCCAGCAUGCCGCAGCUCGAUACGCACACCGAUGACCACGUCGAGCAGCGCGAAAUUACGCGCCCCGAAAGCCCCGAGCAGGACCAGUGGCUCGAGGUCGGCCAAAAGGGCAAGACAUCCCUCACGCGCACCGCAACCACGCGCGAGGGGCAGUCGCCCGUGUCGCGCAUGUUUGACGGAAAGCUGCGCAACGUGCUCACCAUUCCCGGCUCCAAAACGAGCAUCGUGCUCGAACCAUACCGCUCGCUUCCGCUGGAUAUCCAGCCCGACUCGGUGCGCACGAUCGAAGACGCACUGCGCCACAUUACCGUCCCGGAAGAAAUCUCGGGCGUCUGGUCGCCGGGCCGCGGCGCAUUUGUAGACGCCACCAAGCAAGUGCUGAUCGAAAUGCUGCCCCCGGUCCUCGUCCUCCACCUGAAGCGCUUCGUCUUUGACGAGGUGGGCGGCGUGCAAAAAAGCUGCAAGACGAUCACGUACGGGCACACGCUCGCCAUCGAUCCCGCGGUGCUCUCUGCGCCGCUGCGCCGCGCGGACCCCGCGCCGCAAUAUAAAUUGUUUGGCGUGGUCUACCACCACGGCCGCCUCGCGACCGGCGGGCACUACACCGCUUCGGUCCUGCGCCAGGACGGCUCAGGAUGGAUGCACAUCGACGACACCUACGCACGCCCUAUACCCGCCGAAGACGUGCUGCGUGCCGACCUUUGCAACGAAGGGACGACCAGUCCGGCCUACCUGCUUUUCUACCACAGACUGUAG